GUUCCUGCUUCCUUCCCUCCCCCAUCACUUAGUUGUAAGUAUAUACUGUAUAUAUUUUUCUUUUCCCAGCCUGAACCAGGGAGCCUCCGCAGAGAUGCUCCAGGUGGCAAGAAGGACUCCAGUGCAAAUAUAAGUGCUGAAGGAAAUAAAAAUGGAGGUGCAAGACCCCAAUGGAGAUGAAAAGAGGGAAAGAGCAGAGGUAGGGCAAAGAGACGGUCAUGUUGUCCCAGGUGGGACCAAAGAUGAAGGUCUAGCUAGCAUGGCUCUGAAACAAAUUAAGAAGGAACCCGAAGAAGAGGAAGAAGUGCCACAUCAAUCCUGGGAAACCCAGUGGCAGGGCUUCCUGAAGACUCUGCAGACCCCUUAUUUAGGAAGAAGGUUCCCCCAUCUUCCUUCAAACCAGUCAGGGGAAGGCCCUAAGGAACAUCAGGCUUCCUUGAAGGAUGUCACAGAACCCAGCGGACAAGAUUUGAGCCAGGCCCUGUGCGGUCUGACCAGAGAUGCUCACAAGGCUUAUGAAACCAGUCUGGAUUUUUUGGUAAAAGUGAAGGAAGAGAUUCCAGAUGAUGAUGCUAUCAGUUUGGAGGAACGACGCCAGCGCUUCAGGAAUUUUUGCUACUGUGAAGCCGAUGGGCCCAGAGAUGUCUGCAGGCAGCUCCAGGAACUUUGCAGUCAGUGGCUGAAGCCAGAAAGGUGCACCAAGCAGCAGAUCCUGGAGCAGGUGACCCUCGAGCAAUUCUUGACCAUCCUCCCCAAGGAAGUCCAGAGCUGGGUCAGGGAUGGCGGGCCUGAGACCUGUGUUCAGGCGGUGGCCCUGGCAGAGGAUUUCCUUCUGAGGCUGAAGAGAGGAGACCAGGAGGAGCUGGAGCCUUUCGAGGAGGUGAUUGUUAAUUCUCCCAAGAUGGAACAGGAUCUCCCUGAUUUUGAAGAGAUGCACCUCUCCAUGGACCUUGAUAAAGACAGUGACAGAGAAGCAAAUUUGUUUGGGAAGAAUGAGACCAAGCCUCUUCAGCCAGAGAGACCUAAAUCCCUUAAAGCCAGGAGGAUAUUCAUGGCCAAAUCCAUGGAGAAAAUUAGCCAGGAUUCUGUGCUAUCGGGGAGUGAGAAAGAGGAGCAGAAUCUUCAGCCGCAGAGAUCCAGGAAAGCUGAUGUGAAUGAAAUCUCUUUGGAAAGAGCCGGAAGGACACACAUUCAUUUGCCUGAGAUCGAUACAAGUCUUAUAAAUGAACAAGAGUUGAGACAACCUCAGGAAAACUCUCUGGGAAAGGUACUAGGCCGAAAUAUGGACUGCAGGGAGGAAGACAGCCUACAUUUAAACAAAAGCCCCUCUCAAGAGAGCAUCACUGAAUACAUGCUGAGGGAAAAAGCCACAAACUGUGAGGAGAGCUUCGCCCCAUGUCUGGACCCAGUCCUGCCUGCCAAGGCCCCGUCGUACAAGUGUUCAUACUGUGGGAAGCAGUGGCCAUGCCAAUCUCAGCUCCGCCGGCACAUCAAAAUCCACACAGGCGAGAAGCCACACAAAUGCACCGACUGUGGGAAGAGCUUCAGUACCAGCUCAAACCUCAGCCAGCACAAAAGGGUACACACGGACGAGAGGCCGUACAGCUGCAAAGACUGUGGGAAAAGCUAUCGGCGCCGGGCCUCCCUGCUCCAGCACGAGAGAGAAACGUGCCGGAAGGGAAGCCACUUAAAUCCCCUACCGGCAAUGGGUUAUGUAGUGUUGGGGAACUGCACUUUGCUGUGCAUGAAAAAAGCAACGCAGGGUGGGAGGAACCGGAUGAUUGCUCCGAAGGGAGGGGAAGCCCCUUUGGCAGCUCAGCCCUUAAAUAUCUUAACAGAAAACCCGUAAGAGAGAAAUCACGCUGGCAAUUAGAGCAUGGGGGAAAUAUCCCCUGCGAAUAGAGAACAAAAGAGAACAAUAGGUGGGAAAGAGAGCAGCUCUGAGCUUGGUGGAUGGGUCAUCGGGCAGUCAAUAGCUGCGUGAAGUGGAUUUGCUCCAAGCCAACACAGCAUGUUAUUCCUGAAUGUUUUUGGUUCUAAUACAUUCAAUAAUAAGCAAAGAACAGGCCUGAACAACUUGGGAAGAGGGAGGACAGGAACACAAAAAUAAUGAAGAAAUGCAUCGGAUCUGGUGCAUUUCUGAUGUAAUCUCUCUUGGUAACCACUUGGAACAACAAUACAGAGAACAGUAUCUCCAAAAGAAGGAAGCCUCCCCUCCAAACACUCUUAAGCCUCAAAACCCACAUCUUUUUCUAAAACGGUGUCAAAUGGGGGGGACAUGGGUGUUGUUGGAGUGCAGUUUACAUGACCCCUAGGCAGCAUAGCCAGUGGUGAGGAAUUAUGGGAGUUGCAGUACAAUACUUGAAGGGCCAUAAGUUCUAUCAUUGCUGACCUUGGACCUGGUAAGUUGAGCACAGCUAAGUUGGUGGCCUAGUAGGAACUGAACGAGUUGUCAUUAUUUUUACAGACCCAAGAAGACAUGGGGCAUUUAACAUAGCUGGUGGGUUUAUUUGACUUAGAAGUGUGUAAGAGAGACACAAACAGAGAGACAGAUGUGUAGAUUGGAUGGAAAUUUGUUUACACUUUUGAAAUGCUAGCAGUCUGUAACCAAGCCUUGCUCAAUUAUUAUAAAUUGAUUUUGGAGCAGAAACUAUGCAGAUAUUCAGUGUCUGAGAUGCACCAAACAUUCUUUUUUAAAAAAAAACAGGGAAUGAAAACAAGCUUACUCCCUCCUCAAUAUGACAUCCUGCCAAAUAUUUAAACAAGGCUAUCAUAUCCCCUGUUAACCAUCUCUUCUCCAUGCUAAACAUACCCAGCUCCCUAAGUCUCUCAUCAUAGGGCUUCCAACGUCUGGAGCUGGACAUCACACGGACCACAAGUUGCCCAUACUAACAGUAAAUCAUU